CUUCGAGUCGACAUUAAUGUUUUUUUUUUUAACUCAACCUCAGUAUGACGCCUCAAUGGGCUAGCUGCAUGCUAGCAGUGCCAUCCUGAGGAUACUCUUCACAAUAAGACGCCGGCUCAGUGUGAGGCUUUGUUAUGGUAAUUACGACGAUAACGGCUAAAAAUGAUCGUUUUUGGAUUCAUUGUGAUCGCUACAUAGUUUGCGCACCUUGUCAGCUAUUCAUUUGCAGUUAACGUUUGUCGACUAGUCGGUCACACCAUUCAAACAAAUGCUCUGCCUUGUUACUGACGUCCACAUUUGAAUUAAAAUGAAAGGGGGUCUUUAUUUACAGUAUAUGCAAUUUAGACUGGUCGAAUUCAUCAGCAGAUCACUACCACUGAGCAAUGUUUACCAAAGGCAAUCAAUCUUGAUAGCUCGUAUAUAAUUGACAAGGGAGAACGAUUAAAAUAAGAGCACAUUAAUUUGUUAAUACCAGAGUUGUACUUCAUAGAUUAUUGUGUAAAAUAACGACAGGAAGUCAGAAUUUUCUCAUUCGCGCUCAAACCGUGGUAUUUAUAUCGCUAAGUGUAAAACGUUUUAUUUUGAAGCAGUGACUUCCGUCGAGUUUGUUCACUCCGCUAUAGAUGUGUUUUGAAUAGAGCUGCUGAGCACUGCGGUGUUUGUCGUCCUCACUGCUUCGUCACCUCACACCUUUGAAGGACCGAUCGCUCGACGCUCCACUUGACGCCCAUUCUGUAUUUUUAAUUGUGUUUUUCUACACAAAGCUGAUGGGAUUUGGACGUGGAAAUGAGCAGUAAGCGGCAGCCUGCAGGGAGGCGAUAAGACUGGGAGGGGAGAUGCCCUUGACUGUGGGGGGAGGAGAGGGGGAGGCAAGUGUAACAGUGUGAUCCCGUUGGCAGGGCAGGCGGGGAUGCAGCAUCUCUGCAGCCUCCGCAGGCUCACUUCAUCCCAGCAGCAGCAGCCCAGCGGAGGACUAGGACAAACCGCAGCCUGGUUCUGGAGCUGCUGCCGGACCUGAUAGGAGGCCUCGUCCCGGUGGCAGGAGAUAAAGAAAGGUGCAGAUAAGCUCUACUAAAAGCUGACAUCAUGGCCAGCAGCCUGUGAAGCGCUCUAGACUUGGACCUGGGGGACACAAUAAUGACAGAGCAAGAGGAGGCUGAGUUGUCCGUGUCUCUUCACAAGGAGGACGGGCUGUCCAGCGAGACGGAGGAACCAGGUACGAACGUCAAAUGUCAAAGUGUUCCCGUGUUAAACCCAACGCCGCCUCCAGAGGAAACCUUACUGUCUCCUUCGGUGUCCAUCAUGGCAGAGGAGAGCUCAGAAUUCAUCCAGCUGCCUGCCAACAUGGAUGCCGGUGACGCUGCCUCCAGGACUGACUACCUGCCCAAGGCAGGCAAGUCGGCGCUGAACCGGCCCGGCUCGUACGCGGAGACGUCGGCAGUGCUGCGUGGCAAGAAGGUGGUGAGGAGGAAGCCCGCGGGCUACUUGUCCUCCGGGCUGGCUAGGCUGGGCGUGCCCAGCAGGAAGUACUUGGCGCUCAUCCUGCAGGACUCGCGCUGCUUUCUGUUCUGCAUGUGCUACCUGACCUUCAUCCAGUCCCUCAUGGUGUCAGGCUACCUCAGCAGCGUCAUCACCACCAUCGAGAAGCGCUAUAGCCUCAGGAGCUCCGAGUCCGGCCUCCUGGUCAGCUGCUUUGACAUUGGCAGCCUCCUGGUGGUCGUCUUCAUCAGCUACUUUGGUGGGCGGGGUCAGAGGCCUCGCUGGCUGGCAGUGGGCGGGGUCUUCAUCGCCGUGGGCGCCGCCCUUUUCUCCUUACCUCACUUCAUCUCCCCACCCUACCAGAUCCAGGAGGUCAACUCGUCCUCGGCCAAUGAGGGUCUUUGCAUGAACAACAACACCAACGGCAGGGACCGCGUGGACAUCAGUUCCUGUCCUAGGGACCAGGAGGGCAACGAGCACAACCUCUAUGUGGCGCUCUUCAUCAUCGCCCAGAUUCUGGUUGGUAUGGGUUCCACGCCCAUUUACACGCUGGGCCCCACCUACCUGGACGACAACGUCAAGAAGGAGAAUGCCUCACUUUAUCUAGCCAUCAUGUACGUGAUGGGAGCGCUAGGUCCGGCCGCCGGCUACCUUCUGGGGGGUGUCCUCAUUGGCUUCUACGUGGACCCCAAGACCAUGGUCAACAUUGACCAGAGUGACCCCCGCUUCAUUGGAAACUGGUGGAGCGGCUUCCUGCUGUGCGCCGUGGCCAUGCUCCUGGUCAUCUUUCCCAUGUUCACCUUCCCCAAGAAGCUGCCCCCCCGACACAAGAAGAAAAAGAGGAGGAAAAAGCUAAGCUUGGACGAGCUGUCCAGCGACGACGACGUGCUGAAGGAGAAGAGCAACAACGGCAAGAGCCAAGCAGUCACCUCGUCUAUGGGCUUUGGGAAGGACAUCAAAGACCUUCCGAAGGCGGCUGUGAGGAUCCUGAGCAACGUCACCUUUUUGUUUGUUAGUCUGUCUUACACGGCUGAGAGUGCGAUCGUCACCGCCUUCAUCACCUUCAUCCCCAAGUUCAUUGAGUCGCAGUUUGGCAUCCCCGCCUCCAGCGCCAGCAUCUACACAGGUGUGAUCAUCGUGCCAAGCGCAGGCGUGGGCAUUGUGCUGGGCGGCUACAUCAUCAAGAAGCUCAAACUGGGCGCUCGCGAGUCAGCCAAGCUCGCCAUGAUCUGCAGUGGUGUGUCUCUGCUCUGCUUCUCCACGCUCUUCAUCGUGGGCUGCGAGAGCAUCAACCUGGGUGGGAUCAACAUACCGUACACUACCGGGCCUACGCUGACCAUGACGCAAAGGAACCUGACGGGCGGUUGCAACGUCAACUGCGGCUGUAGAAUCCAUGAAUACGCUCCGGUUUGUGGCUCUGAUGGCAUCACCUACUUUAACCCCUGCCUGGCCGGCUGCAGCAGUGUGGCUAAUGACAGCAGCGGCACCCGUAACUACUCAGACUGCGCCUGCGUCCAGAGCCGACAGGUCAUCACGCCAUCAUCAAGCGGGCCGGGUAGCAACCAGCUGCAGCUGGUCAUCGUCAAGACGUACCUCAACGAGAACGGAUACGCCGUGUCUGGGAAGUGCGACCGCACCUGCAGCACCCUCAUCCCCUUCCUCAUAUUUCUCUUCAUCGUCACGCUCAUCACCGCCUGUGCUCAGCCCUCCGCCAUCAUCGUCACACUCAGGUCAGUCGCUGAGCAGGAGAGACCGUUUGCUUUGGGGAUGCAGUUUGUUCUCCUCAGGACUCUUGCCUACAUCCCAACUCCCAUUUACUUCGGCGCAGUGAUUGACACCACGUGCAUGUUGUGGCAGCAGGACUGCGGCGUGCACGGCUCAUGUUGGGAGUACGACGUGACGUCACUGCGCUUCGUCUACUUUGGCCUGGCCGCCAGUCUCAAGUUUCUGGGCUUCCUCUUCAUCUUCCUCACAUGGUACUCCAUCAAGUACAAGGAGGAGCGCGUGGAGCGCUGGCUGAAGCGCCACUUGUCGCCCGUCGACACAGUGGGCAGUCUGGUGUGUCACCCGGGGGGCCACAAGGGCCAUGCCCGCACACGCUCCUGCCCAGUCAACAUCCCCAGGAGCGACCAUGCCAUUCCCCCCGCUGGCGUGCCUCCACGCACCGGUGCCCUCAACCGUGGUGUCAGCACCCAGAGUUGCCCAGGCAACGAGCUGAAAGCAAUAACCCCGCCACCUCCCGCCGCAGUUGCGGUAUCACCGCCCGCGCCGGCCCGCUCUCUGGAGCAAGUCUCAGUCCGGGUCUGACUUUCAUUUUUAAGAGGCGGACCUGAAGCCAAUCAACUGAGGACUUGGACCGCGGUGGUUGGUGCCUACCGUGGCAAGGAAGCUGGCUGAUCAAACGCAAGCAUCAAUGGACAAGGACUCAUGUUGGACACUGGAGACACGUGAUGGACCGCUGCUUAAUGAGCCACCACGGCGUACGUCCAUUGCUCUUGAUACUCCGCCCCCUUCAAAUGGGCUCCACGUGCAACUGGGCUCCAUGUGCCUUGUGUCACCUCACAGCACCUGCACCCUCUCAGGUGUACUGUGGCCCCGCCUACACAUACCUCAAUUCAUGCUGACCGCCCACCUCACCUCCACCCGCCUUUCCCUGGUGCGUUUGAUUCCCUCACCUUGAAGACUGGUGUUCAUGUGACCAAUGGCACGGUGCACGACAAUGCUUGGUGGCCAUUUUGAAGACACUUGAACUUACUGGCUACUCCCUGACACAGUGACAUAAUGGAGGCAGGAAGUGUGUUCCACAUCCAUACAAUGCUCCCAUACACCCACUCCUACAACCACCACCACCACACAUACGUACGAGAUUAACGGUUUAACCUGGCGAAAAAAACGAGGUGCAUUUUUCCCACAUUCCUAAAGCCAACACAGGCUGUGGGGAGGGGAAUUUGGGGGGGUGUUCAUCAACCAACCACUAGUUGAUCAGAUGAUGGGAGGGAAGGCUAGCUUCCUCAGUGAUUGAUCAUGUGAUCACAUGUAGUUUAGCUCAACAAUCCAAAGAAGUCAUUGGCUUCCCGCUGAUGAAAAAAAUGUGAAUGUUUUUAGUAUUCCUCUCCUUCUUUGAUUCACUCCCUAUCGUCACGGGCAUAUACACGCACUGUUUACUAACUCGCUAGCAUCCCUCAUGUCAUAGCAUCGCGGGCCACAGGGUCACAUGAUUCCAGAGGAAGCCCAGCUCGCCACUAAAUCUGUUAAAGGAGUUUGUUUUUUAGGGUCACUGUGGCUCGGUGUACCUCUACACACCUGCUUCAAUGCACAUCCUCUGUUGCUUGGUCCACAGGUUUGAAGCUGUGCCAUGACGUCACAUUAGUGUAUUUGAGUUGUCGCCCGUCAGUUUUGGUCUUCUGUCGACACCUGCUGGUGACGUUUACAACUGCAAUGGCAACUAAAGCACCAAAUCAAAGGCUGCGUCUCAAAUGGAAUACUUGCGUCAGUGCACUUGAGUACGUACACUGUGUACAAUAUGUACUGAUGCAAUGAUAGUGUGGUGCGUUCCCAAAACCUUUACUGUCUUUGUACACUCACCGGAAAUGAGAAUCAUAAAAUUUACGUUCUUCUCCUUUACUUUUUAAUGGUGAAUUGCAAUCAUAUUCUGUAGCCCCCCUCCCCCUCCCCAUUCCGUUACGGAGCAAAGAUGGCGUAUAUUGACGGCGCUAAGUGUCGUCUGCACAUACCAUUUUGAGUGCAACACCCGGGUACACACAGUGCAAUGGCGUCUAUUGGAGGCGCUAAGUGUCAUCUGCACGUACCAUUUUGAGUGCAACAUCCGGGAACACAGUGCACUGCAAUUUAACGUACUUCAGUGUGAACGCGCUUAUGUAUUGACUUAAGUGCACCAAAUGAGACACAGCCAAUGACUUUUAAUGUCAAGAUUUGGUGGAACUACAGAAGACUGUCCAAGCAUUUACGUCUAAAAUGAGUAGACUGAGACAUCAGUUCCAGGCCACAAUGAGCUGGUGUCAUGUGACCAUCAGGUUGAUGGUGAACAUGGAGCGCUACAAGCAGCUUACGAAUCAACCUUUUUAUUAUCAGUAUUUUACAGUCAUGACCUGUCAGUAAAAUGUGAAGAAAGAAUAAAGCAGUGUUCUCAUUGUCUUCAUGAUGUCCUCAGAGGAUAAGCACAUUGUUUUUUGUGAAACACACUUGCAGCUCAUGCAUAAAGACAACUUCACAGUUCACAUGGUGACCUCUGAGAUUUUUAUUUUGAAAGGCUGCACAUUUAAUUCCAGCCAGCUUUUGUCUUUCUUGAUGUUCAUGUUGUAUUUUGAAGGUCGGCUGCAGGUUGAGUGGAGAACAUCUUACUGGCCUCAGCGUCUUCCCUUCUUCAUGCAGAGCAAAGCUUAACUCCUCUAAGAGCUUAUCAAGUAAGCCAACAUCAAUUCAGGACUUUUAUUCCAUCAACGUCCUCUGGCGCCUCUGUUGAUAUCAAGAAAGGUUUUUGUGUGUGCACAUGUGCGACAUUAAAAUGUCACAAAGUGUAAGGCAGUUUUCCCUUCAAAAUGUCCUCUUAGGACAUCCUGACAGGAAGACAAAAAAGACGUAAUCAUCAGUAAAGAAUGUCCUCCCAGCAUGCAUCAGUGCCAGAGUCCUUGUUUGUCAUCCAGGUCCUCGUCAGUAUCUGCAAGAACAAGAGAAGCACACGUGAGCUCAUUGUGCACGUCAUGUGCGCUCACUGAACUUCCACUAGGGGGGAGCUGACCUGCCACGGACUCUGGCGGCGAGUAGAACUGUCCAUCAGACAUUGGUCCGGGACACAAGAGAGGCGCUCGCUCACUGGCGUCCAAGAUGGACUGGUACCCUGUGAAGGCGUGGGGACAUAUGAUGUGGUUGCUAUGAUGACAAGGGGACACUGUUGCGCCACUAGCAUGUAUGAUGGCAGGUGGGCCGCGUCAGCCGUGGUGGUCUACUUACUGUUUUCAUCUUCAGCCUCCUGAGGAAGAACCUUGAAGUCCAGUAGCCAUGUUUCUAUCCAGGCCAGCACAAAGGAGAUGAUAGGCAGCAGGUACCCAAAAGCCCCCUGAGACAGCAGCUGACACACAA